GUCAUAAACAUAUACAACCUGCGAGUAACAAAAACUGCAUGAUUAUUGUCACUUGAAUUAAACCAGGAAAAAGCCAUACCAUACCAGAAACUAACUCCGAUGAAGAUUGUUCCCGUUCAGUGCUUCGAAGACGACCGCUAUUCCUACCUGAUUAUAGACGAGUCCACUAGAGAAGCUGCAGCUGUGGACCCGGCGGACACCGAGAAAGUCCUCCAGGCCGCCGACGCCAACGCCGCUGAGAUUAAGAUCGUCCUCACCACCCACCACCAUCACUAUCAUGCCGGCGGAAAUGAGAAGAUGAAGGAAAUGGUGCCCGGAGUGAGGGUCUACGGCGGAGCACUUGACGACGUGGAAGGGUGCACCCAUGGAGUCCAAGACGGCGACACCAUUGCUCUUGGGGCAUAUACCACAAUCACAUGUUUGCUCACCCCUUGCCACACUAAUGGUCAUAUAAGUUAUUUUGUGAGUAGCAAAGAGGGAGGCCAACCUGCUGUUUUCACCGGGGACACCCUGUUUGCUGGCGGUUGUGGCAAGUUCUUCGAAGGCACAGCCGAACAGAUGUAUGAGUCAUUAUGCAAGACAUUGGCUGCUCUGCCAAAGCUGACUCUGGUUUACUGUGCCCAUGAGUAUACUGUGAAGAACCUCGAAUUUGGUUCGACAAUUGAACCGGACAAUGUGAGGGUGAAGGAGAAGUUGGAAUGGGCUCGGCAGCAGAGGAAGUUUAACCUUCCUACUAUCCCUUCCACCAUUGAGGAUGAACUGGAGACCAAUCCAUUCCUCAGGGUUGAUUUACCAAAGAUUCAGGAUAAGCUGGAGUCCAAGUCCCCGGUGGAAGCUCUAAAGAAGCUAAGGCAACUCAAGGAUAAAAAUCUGAGUUAGAUAUAUGAUGAGAGAUGGAAGAAAGUGAUCUUGCGAGACAAUAUAAUUAGCAGCAUAGCCGCAUAGGUUUAAGGUUUUCCUUCAUUGUGUUAAACCAAUAAUGUAAGGAAGCACCUAACAAGGUUUCAAUAAAUUUUGUUGAAAUAUGUUGUCGUGUAUUAAUAUUAGUAGACUAUGUAAUACGAAUUAUA